AUGUUUAGCUGGGUGGUGAAAGUUGUUCCCCAGCCCCCAGAACCUCCUGGGAAGCUGGGAGAAGAGGGAAAUCCCACUUUAACAGACACAGGGAAAAAAGAGGAAGCAAAACAAGGUAACACCAAGCCAAAGGAGGAGGUCUCAGAGGAGAACAGUUCUCAGAGUGGGGUUUUGAGUUGGAUUUCUCACGGUUUUAACACUGCUCUCCCUCAGCCAGUAAACACUUCUAAACCGGUCAACGAUGAAGCUAAGCAAGAGGAAAAUGCAGAGAGCAACAGCAAGACUGGGAUGAUCGGAUGGAUUGUGCAUGGAUUGGGAAAAGUGGUUCCACAGCCAGAUGAGAAAUACAAGGGCCACACAGAGCCAGAGGUGACCACUGAGACUGCAACUGUUCCAGCAGUUAAAGUGGAUCCUCCUGUAAAUUGCUUUAAAUAGGUACGAGCUGAAUCUAUUCCUCUUCCUCAUAUUCCUGUGGUGGAAAUCGUUUCUGAUGAAGAGCCAGAUGCAGUUAACAGACCCUUCUCUCCAAAAGUCAUAGAUUGGAUCAAACAAGGUUUUGAGAAGGUGGUUCCUCAGUCUCCAAUUAAUCUAGGUCCUCCUUCAAGUUCAGAAACUCCAUUCCUGAAGGCUGCUUCUGCUCCUGUGACACCCUACAAACAAGCAUCGACACCUGCACCAACACCUGCACCCACACCUGCACCUGUUCCAGCAUCUGUACCUGCACCCGCACCUGUUGCAGCAUCUGCGCCCACACCUGCUCUUGCACCUGCAACUUAUGAACCCCCAAAUGUAGUUGAGGAAUCGAAAGGGGGAAUGGUCGGCUGGAUUGUGCAGGGCUUCGGGCGUAUGGUGCCACAACCCGUACUGAAACCAAAAGAGGAGAGCUCUGAUGUUACUCAAAAUGUGUGCAUCCUGCAGGAUCCAUGUGAUAUGGUGCUGGAGGAGGUGGACUCAGACUGGGAGAACCAGCAGAAGGAACAAGGCUCUGGACGGGACAUCCAGUGUGAGGAGAAGGUGCUGCCCAACAUCCUGCCACAGGUGCUGGCCAUGCAACAGCAGGAGAAUGCAGAGACCCAGACAGAGCGCUGGACACCUCUUAUGGAGAGCAUCAAGAAAGAAGCGGAGGAGGCUGCCAUAGCAAACAUAGAGGAGAGACUACAGCAGGAACGCAUGGAGGCAGCUCGUAUGGCAGAGAGUUUGGCCCGACAGGCUGCAGAGUUGGCCAUCAGACAGUUGGAGGAAGAGCAUCCCAUACAGAUCAUAACAGAGCUCAAAGAUGAAGAACAGGACAGUGAGGAUCAACUGCCAAAUAUCCAGGAGGAAGAAAUUGAAGAAGACCUAGAGUUACAGCCGCUCCAUGAAGAGAGUGAGGAAGAGAAUGAGGAUAGUAAGAUCACAGAUGUCGACAUAAAGAGGUGCAUGGUGGACGUCUGCCCGGCAGAGCCAUCCCCACAUGAAUCUGAGGCUUCAGAUCAGAUGACCCACAGUCCCAUAGCACCACCCCAAACGUCAAAAACAGAUACAGCGUCUCAACCCGUCACCACCCAACCUGAGACAGCCACAUCCUCACCUCCUGCUCAUGUUCAACAGGAAGAGGAAACUGUUGAAGAAGGCUGUGGAGAAUGCAUCCACGUGAAUCCAGAACUGAUGGUGGAGGAUGUGGAGGAGGGAGAGAUCACAAUUCCCAAAAUUAUUGUGGCCGAAGAGACAGAUUCAAUGACCCUCAACGUUCCAGUACAUAACCUGACCCCUCACAGCAAAUCUUUGGAUUCAGAGAUUCCCCAGGAGGAUGUGGAUGAACCAAAAGGUCUACUCGGUAUAGACAAAGGCCUUGAGCGCCCUGUGUCUGCAGCCAGUCAGAGAAGUAUAGUUGUGAACGAGCGUCUACAGGAGCUGGUCAAGCUAUUUAAGGAGCGAACAGACCGUGCGAAAGAGAAACUGACCGACCCAGAUGAGUCUGAUCAAGAGAGCCCAUCAGUAUCUCCAGCCAAGAAGCCCGGUGACGCCCCACCACCACCACCCCCACCUUCUGGGGAUAUUAAAGAUGAAGCUGCUGGAGAGGAGGAAGAAGAGGAACAAGUCUAUGAGUUUAUGGGUCACACAUUUAAAGUUCCCCAGUUAAAAAUGCCUCAGAUUCCUGACUGGCUCAGAAGCAUACUGGAGUUUCGCUUCCCAUCCAGCAUUGACCCCUACACAGAUCUGAUCUAUGUGGUGUGGCUCUUCUUCGUGACGAUCGCGUGGAACUGGAAUGUUUGGCUCAUCCCGGUGCGCUGGGUUUUCCCGUACCAGACCCCUGACAACAUAUACUGGUGGCUCCUGAUGGACUACCUCUGUGACACCAUUUACAUUCUGGACAUCCUUGUGUUUCAGCCCAGACUGCAAUUUGUGAGAGGAGGGGAUGUCGUGUGUGACCCAAAGGACAUGAGAGAGCACUACAUGCAAACAGAACGAUUUAAGAUGGAUGUGAUCAGUCUCUUUCCUCUGGAUCUCCUGUACUUCUUCACAGGUGUCAAAUCAGUGUUGCGGUUUCCUCGUCUUUUAAAGUACCAUGCAUUCUUUGAGUUCAAUGAUCGACUGGAAGCUGUGAUGAGCAAAGCUUACAUUUAUAGGGUAAUACGGACAAGCGCUUACCUUCUUUACUCUCUGCACAUUAAUGCCUGUAUUUUCUACUGGGGCUCUGAUUAUGAAGGUCUUGGCUCAACCAAAUGGGUUUAUAAUGGAAAAGGAAAUGCUUAUAUACGCUGUUACUACUUUGCCGUGAAGACUCUGAUCACCAUCGGAGGUUUGCCUGAUCCCACAACUGUCUUUGAAAUCGUUUUCCAGCUUGUCAACUACUUUGUGGGAGUCUUCGCUUUCUCCAUUAUGAUUGGUCAGAUGAGAGAUGUUGUUGGAGCUGCCACAGCUGGUGAGGCGUACUACAGACACUGUGUGGACAGCACUGUGAAAUACAUGAGCUCCUACAAGAUCCCACGGGAGGUGCAAAACCGAGUCAAGACCUGGUACGACUACACCUGGAAGUCGCAAGGCAUGCUGGAUGAGCAAGAGCUGCUCGUACAGCUUCCUGAUAAGAUGCGUCUAGACAUCGCUGCAGAUGUCAACUAUGCCAUCGUCAGUAAAGUCGCACUCUUUCAGGGAUGUGACAGACAGAUGAUAUUUGACAUGCUAAACAGACUCAAGUCUGUGGUGUAUCUUCCAGGAGACUCUGUUUGUAAAAAGGGCGAGAUCGGCCGGGAGAUGUACAUCAUCAAAGCCGGAGAGGUGCAGGUGGUGGGAGGGCCUGAUGGGACGAUUGUGUUUGUGACUUUGAAAGCUGGUUCUGUGUUUGGGGAAAUCAGUUUGCUUGCAGGUGGUGGUGGAAACAGACGAACAGCUAACGUGAAAGCCCACGGUUUUGCUAACCUCUUCAUCCUGGAUAAGAAAGACCUCGCCGAGAUCUUAGUGCACUACCCCGAGUCCGAGAAGCUUCUGCGAAAGAAGGCCAAGAAGAUGUUGACCAAGGACAAGAAGCCAGAUGAGAAGGUUAAGGAUACGGGUGAGGUUAUCCCUCCACGUCCAGAGACGCCCAAACUCUUUAAAGCUGCAUUAAAAGUAGCCACCGGACAGACUUUCACCAAGCUGAAGGAGACUUAUAAAGGAGCAACGCUGGAGCCAUCCACUUCUACUUCCUGUGGCACCUCUACGGGUCCAUUUCCUCCUCCCUCUCCCAUCCACCGGCGUUCACCGAUUCCCCGCCCUCGUGUGCCAGAUGAAGACGACAUGGUGUCAGAGACCACCGACAGCACCGUGAUCAUCCGCAUGACUCCACGGGUUGAGGGAGAGGAGACACUCUCUGUGGAAGUUAGCCCAGCAGAGGUAGUCCAAGUGGACAUGGAAGAACCACCCAAAACUGAAAAGAAAUGAGAGAAGGAGUGAGAGGGCGAGAAGACGGUGGUGAGCCUGAGGACAAGGCUGGCUCAUGCAACCCUCAUGUUCUUAUUUUCUCUGCUGCUUGAGGCAUCGUUUGGAUUUCUCGUUUUCCCAC